AAAAUACAUUCCCAUAAUACAUACCCACGGGAGUGCAACGACUGCUGGCUCCCCUGAUCCCCUCCAUCCGAUCCACCAAAUCCAAGAACAAUCAACCGAGGCAUGGUGUCGCCGGCGGGGCUGGUGGCGGAGAAAGCGGCGGCGACCGCUUUCGCGAACGUCGUCAUGGGAAGGCUCAACAGGGAGCUCGACAAGAAGUACCAGAUGUGGAAGAACAUCAGGACCGAGAUCUCAUCUCUCCAGACAGACCUCGGCAUCCUGGCAGCGGCCGUCGACGACCACCAGACCAUGGCCGCCGCUCCUCGCACGGCCGUCGCGAGGGUGUACGGCGAGGAGAUCCGCGAGCUGACCCAUGACAUCGAGGACUGCGUCGAGCGCUUCCUCCACCGCAUCACCUGCAAGCCGGGAGCAUCCCGGGCUCGCCGGUCCGCUCACGCCAUCAGGACGUUCCGCACCCGUCUCCGGUUCGCCGCCAAGAUCAAGGAGUUCAGGAGCCGCGUGGCUGAAGCACGUGAGCGGGCGUUGAAAGUUGCCAUGCUUGCUGAUGGUGCCCAACAAUCAAACAUCAUCGAUACAGUGGGAUAUGCGCAGGAUUGUUGCCAUCCUGUAGGCAUCGAGUGGGCCACCAUGGAGCUCCGUAGGCUGCUCGACAUCGAACCAAACCAAGAUGAAGCAGAGGGCACCAGUAACAACACCCCGGCUGCAGCUCAGGCUCAGCUACGGGUGGUCGCCAUAGUGGGAUUUGGUGGCUCGGGGAAGACGACCCUCGCAAAGGCAGUCUACGACAAUGUCCACAGGGAGGGAUCACUCCGCUGUGCCUGGGUUGAUGGGCACUCGCUGGAUCAUAAGGAUGCCAAUGGGAUCAUCCAACAUAUACAAGAGAAGCUUCAUUUGGGGGAAGGGUGUUCUGCAACACUUCCUACAGAACAACACCAGGACAGGUACUUCAUCGUUGUUGAUGACAUGAAGGACAAACACUUGAUGCAGUGGAAUUCAUUGAGGAAUGCCUUCAGGGAUAAUGGCAGAAUAAUUGUGACAACGGACACUCAGUCCCUAGCUAAUAGAUGUUGCAACCAUCCCCGGGAAGAGGAUAAAUGUACCUUUGGUUAUGUGUACAACAUGAAAAGUCUUGGAGAAGAAGAUUCUCGAAAAAUAGCUCUCCUGGGAAGAUGUACACCCGAGCUAGUGCUGGGUGCAGCAAAACUCCUGAAGAAAUGUGGUGGUCUUCCGCUUGCUCUUUAUAGUGUGGCCUGCCAACUGAGCUGUGAAAAUGUACUCACGGGUAAAUUCUGCAAUAAAUUGUGCAACGAGCUGGGUACGUAUCUGGAACGCGAAGACGACGAGCCUAACUUUGCAAGGCUUCGAGGUGUGCUCAGAGAAAAUUACACCAGUCUGUCUGAUUACACUGUCAGAACCUGCUUGCUGUAUCUUGGUAUAUUCCCAGUUGAUCGCCCCUUCAAGAAAAAUGUCAUGAUUAGGCGAUGGUUGGCCGAAGGAUAUGCACGCCAUCAUCAAGGCCGGCACCAAACUGCAGCUAAUGAAAACUUCAAGACACUUAUCAACAGAAGCAUCAUCCUGCCUGUUGCUCCAAUCAGCAAUGCCAUAGGAAAGACAUGCAAAGCUCAUGGUAUCAUGCACGCAUUCACGUUGCACAAGUCCAUGUCUAAGAAAUUCAUCAUGCCCUUUGGUGCUCAGCAAAAAAAAGUUCGUCACUUCUUUAUCCACGAUAGCGAUGUCAUAAAUUCCAGAACCAUGCCUGAUAUUGAUUUAUCUCGUGUUCGAUCUCUGACAGUCAUAGGAAAUGCAUGUGAUGCUAUUUCCAAUUUUAGCCAGUACAAACUUACACGAGUGCUGGACAUGGAAGGGUGCAUUGAUGUGAGAGAUUGUCAUCUCAAAGAUAUAUGCAAGCUAUGGAAUCUGAGAUAUCUAAGCCUUGGGCCCAAUAUCACCAUGAUUCCCAAAGAAAUUGCACAACUAAAGUUGUUGGAGACACUUGAUGCAAGCAAGGCAAGGGUGAAUGUCCUGCCAGUGGAAGCUAUUGAACUACCCUGUUUGAUUCAUCUAAUUGGAAAAUUUAAGCUUCAAGACCCAGUCAAGACAGAGAGACUGCCAAAAGAAUGUAUGUUGGAGACCGUUGCGGGAUUCGUUGCUGACAAGGGUCGGGGAUUUUUGCUACUUAUGGACCAUAUGAAAAAGUUGAACAAGGUCAAGAUAUGGUGUGAGUGUGAGGAAACUGAACAAGAUCAGGCCGGCAUGAAUGGUAACCUUUCUAAGGCCAUCCAAAAGUACAUUGAAACUCCGAUGGGUGAAGACAACGUCCGCUCCCUGUCCCUUUACUUCCAAGGAUUGCCCCAAGGUUCCCUUUCUGCUCUAGAUCAAAUAUGUCAACACUACAGUUUGAGAGCAGGACAUGUAUGCCAUCUCAGCUCACUCAAGCUACAUGGCAACUCCAACCCAGCUAUAUUGCCUAAGUUUGUAGCUCUGUUUCGUGAUCUCACUAAGCUAAGCAUUUCGACCACCGUGUCUGUGACACGAUAUCUUCUGUCAGUCCUUGGUGAGAUGCCUGUCUUGCUUUACCUCAAGUUGGCUGCCAAUAGCGUCGACGGUUUGGUCAUACAACAUGGGAAGUUCAGGAGCCUGCACUGUCUGUGUCUUGAGCUGAAACUUGUGGGGACGUCUGUCCUAACAAUUGAAGAUGGAGCUCGGUCGGAAAUUAUCUCGCUCCAACUGAUCUGCAAGAAUCUAGUUGGUCUUUCCAACAUUGAAAUCACUCACCUUCGUGAGCUAAAGGAAAUUGCUCUACAUCCUGAUGUGGCUGAAGAAACAAGAAAAGCGUGGGAGGCAGAAGCGAGGAACCAUCAUAACAGGCCGAAUGUUUUGUCCAUCGCAGGUGAUCAUGAGGAGGAACCAGCACAUGAAUAUCACAUCCGAGAAGAACACCCUGCUGCCAAAAAUGAAACACCAGCGACAUGCUCUGCCUUGGCUCUUGAGGUGGAUCCGGAGAGCAAUGCAACAUCUCCCGUCAAACCUGGCCUCGUGGUUGAUUUUGCUAAAGGAGCCGAGUCAGCGCCGGCUUCAUGGCACGCGGCGCAACUGCAAACGGUGCCCACUUCAGCAACAUGCUAGUGAAGCGAGGGAAUGUACAGGACCCAUGGGACUGAUGCAGGCUUAAUGGAGAAGAAGAGCCGGAUACCUUCCUGAAGUUUGCUGGCUUUUUUUCUGCUUGGACAGCCCAUUGUUGUGUUGUAAGGCUGUCUUCGGCCGUUCUUUAAAUAAUCGUCAGGGGGUGUGCUUGGUUUA